UGAGAGAAGAAAUGGUUGAGUCUCAAAACAACCAUACGUUUUUGUCAGUGAGAGAUGAAAUGGUUGAACCUCAAAAUAACCAUACGUUUUCGUCAGUGAGAGAGGAGAUGGUUGAGUCUCAAAAUAAUGAAAUGACUACAGACUUUCAAUUACAAGUAAUUAGGAAUGCAGUUGAUGAAUGUUUGCAAGAGUUUCGAACAUCUUUACGUAAUGACAUACAAAAUAUGCAUUUAGAAUUAUUACGACAGUUUCAUAUUCAAAAG